GCACCCGGCCAGCGCCCCCGUCCGGCCCGCGCGCCCGCUCGCCGCGCCCGCCGUGGCCACCGCCGAGUGACCGGGGCGCCGCGCUCCGAGCGGCGGGCAUGGGGCCGCGGGCGCCGGGCGCGCGGCGAGCCUCGAGAGCGUGAGAGCCGCCGAGGAGCCCCCGGAGCCGCGGGCGGCGGGAGAUGCGGGGAGCGCGGCGGCCGGGGCCCCGAGGAGGAGCCGCCGCCCCCGGGAAGCCCGGCCGCGGGGUGCGCCCCGGCCAGCCGCGCCCGGCGGAGAGCGGCGCCCCGUAGACGCGAGCCGCGUGGCCCCGGCCGCUGGUCCCCCCUCGGAAACCAUGACCCCCGGCGCGGGCCCAUGGAGCCAUGGCCUAUAGGGUCCUGGGCCGCGCGGGGCCACCGAAGCCGCGGCGGGCGCGCAGGCUGCUCUUCGCCUUCACGCUGUCGCUCUCCUGCACUUACCUGUGUUACAGCCUCCUGUGCUGCUGCGACGACCUGGGCCGGAGCCGCCUCCUGGGCGCGCCCCGUUGCCUCCGCGGCCAGAAACUUCUCCCCAAGUCCCGCCCCUGCGAUCCCCCGGGGCCGACGCCCAGCGCGCCCGGCGCACCCAGCGCGCCCGCAGCCGCCGCGCCCGCCCCGCGCCUCCCAGCGCCCGCCGCCAACCACUCGGGCUCCCCGAAGCUGGGCACCAAGCGGCUGCCCCAAGCCCUGAUCGUGGGCGUGAAGAAGGGGGGCACCCGGGCCGUGCUGGAGUUUAUCCGCGUGCACCCGGACGUGCGGGCCUUGGGCACCGAGCCCCACUUCUUCGACCGCAACUAUGGGCGAGGGCUGGACUGGUACAGAAGCCUGAUGCCACGGACCCUCGAGAGCCAGAUCACCCUGGAGAAGACGCCCAGCUACUUUGUCACGCAAGAGGCCCCUCGUCGCAUCUUUAACAUGUCCCGGGACACCAAGCUGAUUGUGGUGGUGCGGAACCCAGUGACCCGCGCGAUCUCCGACUACACCCAGACGCUCUCCAAGAAGCCCGACAUCCCCACCUUCGAGGGCCUGUCCUUCCGCAACCGCACGCUGGGCCUGGUGGACGUGUCGUGGAACGCCAUCCGCAUCGGCAUGUACGUGCUGCACCUGGAGAGCUGGCUGCAGUACUUCCCCCUGGCCCAGAUCCACUUCGUCAGCGGCGAGCGGCUCAUCACCGACCCGGCCGGUGAGAUGGGGCGGGUUCAGGACUUCCUGGGCAUCAAAAGGUUCAUCACGGACAAACACUUCUACUUCAACAAGACCAAAGGGUUCCCGUGCUUGAAAAAGCCAGAGUCCAGCCUCCUGCCGCGGUGUCUGGGCAAAUCCAAAGGCAGAACUCAUGUACAGAUCGACCCAGAAGUGAUAGACCAGCUGCGGGAAUUUUAUAGACCUUAUAAUAUUAAAUUUUACGAGACGGUGGGGCAGGACUUCCGGUGGGAGUGAGCCCCUGGAAGGGCAGAGCCCUUCCGCCUGCCUCUACCUGGGGUUUGUCCUUAGAGCCUGUGGUCUUCUUUCCCCCUCCCUAGCAAACCCAGUCCUUUCCCCCCACAUCUUGGGUACCAUCAUCCUGGCCCCAGGGAAGUCCAGCAAAGGCCAAGGGAUGCCCUGCCACCAGCCCUCCCCAGUCUCUCCCAGCAAGCAAAUCUGUUUCUGGCACAUCCCUUCAGUUCCUUCCAAAUUGUCUCCCAUGGGCCCUGUCGGAGGCAUCGGGAAAUUGCUGUCAGAACAGGUGUCCCGAUGGUGAUGACGGUGACAGACAGCACAAGCCGUAACAGUGCCGUUGCCAGCGCAGCAGUCUGCCCCUGUCGCUGUCCACCUCCAGAGUGGGCUUGUUCAUUCCAAGUGGCAUGUACCUCCCCUUUGAGCUUAACCCUCUGAGCCCCUCUGGGUGCUGGGGUGGGCUCCGUCCUUGCCUUCCAACCUUAGCGGGAAGCAUCCGUUGGCUCCUGGAGAAUUUCAAGAGCUGAGAGCAUCCCCUCCACCCCACCGAGCCGCUCCUACAAACAGACCCUUUGAGGAGGAAAGAGACCAGACAGAGGUUUCCGAGCUGUGGUCUCAACUCUGCUUGAGGGGUAACUGUCCUGGAAAGAAAAAAAUCACUUUGUGACCCUCCCCGCUCCCUCCGAACUGAAGCACAUAACUGCUGUUACGGGUACUUUCCUUACGCGAGCUUUCAUGCUGAGCAUGCGGUAGAAUCAUGCUUGUCCAUGUGAAAUAAAUAUGGCUCUCUCGUGUCCUUAA